AUGGUACUCGCUAAGAACCUGGGUAAUGAUUUGCGGGCGUGGGUUUAUACAGAUAGAGUAAAGUUGCCAGCAUACCUACAUUGGCUGUGCGUCCAUCGACAGUCCACUCCGAUCCGCUUCAAGGUCAUUGAUCUUCUUGAGCCACCCAAAGCUUCACUCCUGACAUAUUUAGAACGACCGCACGCACAGCGCACUGGCACUCCCGCGGAGGGCCUACAUCUACUAUCAUCAGCAGGGGUAUCCACGCUGCGCAAGGCGAAAGUGAACCUCACCAAGGGAACAGAGUUCGAGCGUGUUCUCCGAGCCUGCGACGAGCAUCCUCUGGUUCGCGCAGAGGUAGAGAAGCUCAAGCUGCCUAGGGCAUCGGUAGUCAACGAUCCUUGGCUGUACGGUACUGACAGACCCGAUAAGAACCGCCGCCUUUACCAAUGCUACAUGUACAUCGUCCUCAACGAUGAUCCCGAAGCGAACCCCUACUCCAUUCCCGUCGCAUUCGCGCCGAUAUUCGACGCCCACACGGCGGAGCUUGUCGAGGUCGAGAAGCUGCCUCGAGGCGUGGGGACCGAGCUCGAUCCGGACACGAUGCCGUGGGGCGCCGUUGCGCCCGUUGAGUACAGCGAGCGCCUCCUAGGCAAGACCUACUUCCGCACCGAUCUGAAACCGCUAAACGUUGUCCAACCCGACGGCCCGUCGUUCCGUAUGGACGGACGCCAGAUCACCUGGCAGAAGUGGUCGUUCCAUCUGGGCUGGACGGUGCGCGAAGGACCGGUCCUCAACAACGUCUCCUACGACGGGCGGUCGCUGUUCCACCGGGUGUCGAUGAGCGAGAUGACGGCGUUUGACCUGGGCGACUCGGGGCUCGGGCUGACGGCCAACACGCUGACGCUGGGCUGCGACUGCCUGGGCCACAUUGCGUAUUUCGACGGGAUCCACACGACGGCGGCGGGCGAGCCGAUUGAGAUGAAGAACCACACCAACAUGCGCAACGGGCAAGCAUCGAUGGUGCGCAACCGCACAUUGGUCAUCCAAUGCACGGCCACGGUGCUCAACUACGAGUACAUCCUGGCGUUCGUGCUGGACCAGGCGGUCAAUCUGCACGUCGAGGUCAGAGCCAUGGGCAUCAUGUCAAUCAUGCCCAUCGCCCGCAACACCGUCUCGCCCUGGGGCACCGUCGUGGCGCCCGGCGUGCUGGCCGUCAACCAUCAGCAUCUGUUCAGCCUGCGCGCCGGCCCGGUCCUGGACGGCGUGCGCAACACGGUCGUCUACAGGGCUGCGCGCUACGACCUCAACCUUCCCAGUGCCCGGACCUAUCGCAUCAUCAACCCCAACCGCCUGAACGCCGUCUCCGGCAAACCCCUCUAUGCCGCGGGCGAGUUCACCAACCAGGGCACCGACGACACCGGCCUUGGGGUGUGGAGCCAGCGCGCGCAGCCCGUCGAGAACCACGACGUCGUGCUCUGGCACACGUUUGGGACCACCCACAUCACACGCCCGGAAGAUUUUGCCGUCAUGCCCGUCGAGAAGAUGGCCGUCUCGCUCAAACCGACGAGCUUGUUCGAGCUGAAUCCGUCCAAUGAUGUCCCGCGCUCAAGACAGGCGCAGAGUCGCUCCACCCUCGUGGAGCAUGCGAGUGUGGCGCCUGCUUCGUGCGGGAGGUGUACGCUGUAGGUUCUGGGAUUGGACGACGGGACGUGAGUAACGCGUGGUCCUGGGGCGGGGACCUCUAUCAUGUUUAAGACAAGUGUAAUGUAUAACUGGUGCAGUUGAAAUCCUGAAGCAAGUGGCGACGCAAUGAUCCUUCAUCAUGAAUACACCGAUUGUGUGUUGAUGCCUGACUUAUACACAAUCCUUUGGCAGAUGGCUACCCGGGAGGGGUCGCAAAGAUGGCCUCAUAUUGGAAUAUGAUGAAAAAGUUGAAACCACUACCGAAAUAGCAACCCUACCUCGAUAUGAGACGUUCGCCAUCCGAUCAUGGCUCUUAACUGCAGUUAGUGGUAGUAAUCGAGUGGCGGAAGAGUGCAAGAGCGGGGUAUAUUCAGUAAAGUUC